GUCUGGAGUCGAGUACCAGCGUACUCGACCGCGUUUUGUGAGCUCCUGUCGGAGCAGUGGGAGGAGUGCAGGAUCUUGCUUCAGUGUACGAUGGGGAGCUGGGGUCGUUCCCGUGGGCAGAAGUACACGGUGUGCAGCAAGUGUCAGAAUUGGGUCUACGACUGGCGGCUUCGCAAGCAAGGCGGCUGCUGCGGGAAGUGCGGGACGCAGCUACAGACGCAGCUGGAGGAGUGUCCAGGGCGCAGUGGCGGCCGCGACGUCCAGCGCCCCGACGCCAUGGCGGCUCCGGACGAGUUGCUUACGAAGCUGUGCGAGCGCUUCCCCGCGAACUCGCAGAUCAUCCUGGCCAUGCAGGCGGAGUUGGCCAAGCCGCCCGAGCCGCCUCCGAAGCCCGCUGUGGUGCUGGCGCCGGCUGACCGCUACAAGCAGGCCACGGAGGAGCAGACCAAGGCCAAGAAGGCCGUCGAAAAGCAGAUCGAGAAGGUGGUGGCGAUGCAGGCCAAGCUCAGCCGCAUGGAGGAGAAGCUCGAGGAGCUCAGCGCGGCGCAUCUGUCGGCCAACAUGGAGGUUGAGCUGGCAGCCGAGACCGUCGCGCAGACCACCAAGGCGCCUGCGGAGGCCGCUGCGCCUGCGCCGCCCCAGCCCAUGGUGUUCGCGAUCGACUCCGAGCUGCUCGAGUACCUGGAGGAGGCCGACGAGGAGUUCCGCACUGGGUUCACGGAGCUUCAGGCAGCUACGGACCAGUGGCACAAGCAGCAGGACGAGGCCUACAAGCAGAUCGAGGCGGACAGGCUGGCGCGCGAGCAAGCCAGGCUGGCGCAGGAGCAGGCUUUCGCGGCCUCGCAGGCGACGGUGUGCGACAUCCAUGGGGCCAAGGUGGCGGCUCUCAAGGAGAAGGGGGCGGCCCUCCUCCGGCUGGCGCGGACCCGCUCCUUCAAGAAGCGGCGCGCGGGGGAAGGAGCGGCCGUCGAUGGCGCCCCUGCCGAGGAACGAGCUCCUGCUGCCGCUGCGGGCGCCGAAAAGGGCAAGGGGGAGCCAAGGCCUGGCCCCGGGACCGCUGCGCCAGGCGGAGGGGCUGCCGGGCCAUCUGCCGACCGGCUGGCCCAGCACAAGCGUGAACUCGCCGUGGCGAAGGACAAGGCUGCGCUUGCCUAUGCCGAGAAGCAGGGGCAGAACGGCGCCACGAAGGGGGCUGCGAGCACUCCAGCGGCGCAGCGCUACAUGGUUGAGCAUGCGACGGAGUAUGCGGUGGUGGGCUGCGCGGAGACGCACCUCUCGGACGCGAAGCACGUGGAGGCUGUUCGGAGUCUCGCGAGGGACGGCUGGAAGGCCUCAGGCGCCCCUGCUUGGGCCUCGGUCCGGUCAGAGACGGGGACCAGGGGUGGCGAGCUGGUGGCGUCGCGGGUCGACAUCGCAGCCACGACCUUCUCGCACCUCCGAGGCGCGACGAGUGGUGGUGGCGACGACCCGCUGCUGGGCUUCGCGCCGCUGGUCCUCCACAUGAAGCAGGGGAACUUGGUGGUGGUGAUGUCCUACAUGUUCCCUGGGCUCGGCGUGCGUGGGGCGAACCGCUGCAGGUUUGCGGCACUGGGGGCCUUCUUGAUGGGGCUGGCGGACCCGUGGGUGGUGCUCGCCGACUGGAAUCUUUCGCCCAAUGAGAUGGCGGAGACGUCCUUUCCCGGCAAGGUCGGGGGAGAGCUCCUGCUCCCGCAGGGCACGGAGGCCACCUGCUUCAAGGGCAGCGGCAGCCUCAUCGACUUCGGCUUGGUCUCCGAGGGGCUUUCGACCCAGGUUGAGCUGACCGCGGUCCUGGACGUGCCGUGGCCAACGCGUGCGGCGGGCCCCGACAGCAAGUCGUCGAAGCGCAAGGCCGCGAGCCUGGCGCGGAGGCGUGACAGGCUGUCUGGUGGCCUGCAGGAGGCGUUCGUGGACCUGCAGCUGGCUGCGGAGGUGGAGCAGCUGAGCCGCCUCGAAGAGGAGGCGGCCGCCGCGGCAGCGCCGGCCUUGGAGACGCUGGUGGACUACGACGACGAGGGCCCUGGAGAGCAGUUCUUCGGGGAGGGGGAGAUGUCCGGCGCUGGUGCGGUGACGUUAACCCGGCCGGAGGCGCGGCAGGGGCAGCAGGACGACGGGGCGGCGGUCAUCGAGCUGGCUUCGCGACACGAGGCCAAGAGUGCGGAGUUCGAGCCGGUGUUCUUCGUCUCAGCCGAGGCCUGGGCUGCAACAGCCCCUUCGGAGUUUGAAGUUGGCAGGUGCAGCUCCACGGCGAUGGGUGAGCUCGAGUCGCACCGCCUUGUGCAGCAGGCGGGUCAGGGUGGCGUUGCGGUCAGCCGCGUGUACGCGGAAUGGGUCUCCAAGCUGGAAGUGGUUCGGCUGGGCGCCAACGGGUGCCACGAUGCGGCGGCGAGGCGGCCGUACUGUGGGCGGGCCAGCGGCUACGACUUCAGGAGCGCCAGGCUGCGGGCUGCGCCUGGGCGCGCCCACCUCAAGCACCAGGCGUCGGAGCACUGGAGCGUCACCCUUGCGCUCCUGCGGCAGUUGGCGCUGCUGCGCGGCAGCGGCAAGGCGGAGGAGCAGCGGCAGCGCUGUUUCACCUUGCUAUUGCGCGAGGUGGAUCGCAUCAUGUUGGAUUGCGCCGAGCAUUUCAACCGCGGGGUCAACGCGGAGGUGCACGAGGCCUGGGCCCUGAUGAUGAGGGGUGCGGGCGUGAUUCCCUUGAGCGAGCUGGAGGUGAUGGUGGGAGUCACCGAGCGCUUCUUCUCCGCCAGCCAGGCCCGCUCGCUGGCGAAGAGCCGCCGCGAUUUCGGGGCUUGGGCUCGAACGGUGUGGAAGCAGAGCCCAGGUGUCCUCCAUCGGCACGUUCGCGACCCUGGCCCUGAGACGUCGGAGCUGGUGGUGGGCGGCCGCGCCAUCGCAGAGCCUGGUCAGGUCAGGUCGAGGAAGGCGCAGCGCUGGGGCGGCCUCUGGCGCGCUCCAGUCGACUCCUGGGACGAUCUGAUGGCAGCCCUUCAG